AUGGCAACGAAUCAGGUAUGCUAAAAUUACAAAUAUCAAGGCGAUACUUUCGCAGAAAUUUCUUUAGAAAAAUACACGAAAUUACCACAAAGCGAUUGUUUCGCAGAUCGAAAAUACUGUCCACUUGUAUAAAACGUUGGCACGAAAUCCGUCUCUGAGCAACGCGAGGAUCCUCGACGUUAGCGAGAGCGGGAUAACAAUUCUGAGUGGUUGGUCUCAAAGGAAUUUGGAAAGAAGAACAAACCAAAAAUUUUGCCAGACUCACAUUUUGGACUCAAAGUUACAAGUGCAAUCCGACAGCUUUCCCAUGGAUACUACAGUAGAGUCUUUAUCUGAUUACACCGAAGAUAAGCAACGCAGAGCCGUAUUAAGACAGGCCAUAAUUGAAAAUACCAAUAAACAAUUUAUUGAAAUCUGGGAUAAACAGAGGCUCGUGAAGAAUUAUGAUUUAAGUGCUUUAGAUGUGCACGGAGAUGUCUACACGGAUUCUGAAUUUGCUUCUUUCCAAUGGUCUCCGGACAAAACAAAAGUAUUAUAUAUCGCUGAGAAAAAGCAACCAAAAUCAGAACCAUUCUAUAAACAGAAACCUAUAAAUAAAGAAGAUAAAGAUAAAAAGGAAGAAAAUAAUGUAACAGUGGGUAACGAAUAUAUUUACAAGCCUCAUUGGGGAGAACAAUUGGUAGGUAAACACCAUCCAGUUGUUGCUAUCCUUGAUACGACAACAGACACAAUUUCAGCUCUCACGGGUAUACCAGAUAAACUAUCACCUGCUCAAGUACUAUGGGCUGCGGAUAGUGAAAGUAUCAUUGGUGUAGUAUGGAAACAUGAGCCAAGACAUUUAGGUCUAAUUGCCUGUACUAAUAGACUUUCUUGGAUAUUUUUGCUAACAAAAGGACAAUACAAAAAGCUCUCAAAAGAUGGAUGUGCAGUUCAUAGCCCAAGACUUAGUCCUGAUAAAAAAUAUUUAAUCUGGUUAGAAAGAAAAGCGGGUGGUGCACAUCAUAAUGCUCAUAGACUUAUGCAUCUUGAAUUUACUUGUAAAAAUUCUAACAAGUGUUUUAUGCAGGCUGAUGUGCUUAUAGACAUCGUACAUUCGAGUAUACCUAUCCAAAAUGCUGAAAAGUUUUAUGGCUUAUAUGGUCGGUUACCACGCCGAUGCUGGAGUAUGAAUUCACAGUAUAUAUUUUUAAGUACAGCUCAACAGAAUAACACACGUUCUUACAUCGUUGACAGAAAAACGAAAAGUAUAACUGAGAUUCAAAAUGAUAAAAGUAGUCUUACUAUAUUGGAUGUAAGAAAUGAUAUUAUUGCAUUUUCGGAAAUGUCUCUUCUGGAUCCACCUACGCUUACAGUAGGAAGAUUUGAUUCUGAAACAAUUACUACUGGUCACAUUAAAAGAUAUAAAGUUUCUGUUCCUGAAACGAUCCCCGGUACAGAAAAUUUAAUGUACGAGACUUCCGAAUACGAUUACGACAACGACGAAGAAAUUAAACAUUUUAACUUCAUCUAUUUUGGGCCAAAAAGUGGAGAUGAUAAAUCUGUACCUCUAAUAAUCGUACCACAUGGUGGACCUCAUGUUAACUAUGCAAAUUCAUUUAUACUGGAUUACUUUUUGUUUGUUUUGUCAGGUUUCGCAAUAGUACAAGUUAACUAUCGUGGCUCCACUGGAAUGGGAUCAAAGAACGUUGAAUACCUUCAAGGGAAAGUUGGAAAUGUUGAUGUGAAGGACUGUGUGACUGCUACAAACGAAGCUGUGCGAAAAUAUCCAUGGUUAAAUCCAGAGAAAAUAGGAGUUACGGGUGGCUCGCAUGGGGGAUUUUUAGUUACUCACUUAAGUGCUCAAUAUCCAGUGUGCUGCUGAAAUUAAUUAUCCUUUCGAUGAAAGUGCACCACUCUCGGAAUCAGAUCGAGUUGAAAUGUUUGUGAAAAUGUUUAAGUGUUCCCCGAUUAUGCACGUUAAUAAUGUGAAGGCUCCAACUUUAUUAUGUGUCGGUUCGAACGACUUGCGGGUACCUUCAUCUCAAGGAAAACUGUGGUAUCAACGUCUUAAGGCAAAUAACGUUAAAACAAAAAUGUUACUUUACGAAGAUAAUCAUCCUUUAGCAUCGGGAGUUGCUGAAAUUGAUAACGUUAUCAACGCUUGUUUAUGGUUACACGAACAUAUUGGACUAUAA